CCCUCGCUACAUGCACCACAUGCGUGCCCCAACUCCCUAUCGUGGCCUUCCCGUUCCGUCGAGCAAAAGCCCUGCGCUCCACCGCAAACCGCGCUUUUCGUUGCGUCUCGCCCUAGCCGCCGCCGCCAAAGCCGCCCGGACACGUGGCUCAGCAGGCCACCUCCCUUUUGUCUCCACGCCCUUUCAGCUCAGCCUCGCUUCCUUCGGUAAUCCAACACGCGCCUAACACAUUGUUGUUGG